GGAUCGGUAAAUACCAACCCAAAUUGAUGUGGUUCGUUCUCACAGACUUUAUGAGAUGUUGGAUAAGAAACAUUGUAUCUGAAGUGCAACUGCAUUGUUGAUGUCAGAGAUGGCUGUUCACAAAUCAUAGUUAGACUUUGGAUUGCAUGGUCUAAGGCUACAAAUAUAAACCAUCGUGAUUUUGCAUACAAAACUCCAUAUCUAUUCUGGAAGGAUAAAGAGGCGAGUGAUCUUCCUAAGAAUGGAUUCAUGCAUCCAGGCACUUGAAAGCAUGUUUCUAGCCAGCCUUACUGGAAUAAGGGAACUUGCUUUUUGUGACUGACAUGUGUUACACUGCAAUUUGUAAAUUAAAGAAGCAGUACACCCCCUGUGGUUUGACAAGAUGUGGAUGCAUUAUGCAUCAUUGCGUUGGCCUGAUUCAAAUGAUCUACGUACAGCUAUCAUGAGAUUAGUGUGCCAGUUAACGGAUUUGAUGCAUGACGCUGAACAUUCAACAAACUACGAUAUGAAUAUUUGUUGGGAUGAUAACCAGGUUGAAAGGAUCAGGAGACUAAUUCGGAAAUACGAGGAAGGGCAGAAGUUGUGUGCGCAGUAUCUACAAGAAGAUUGUACUAUUGAGCAGUUUUGUAGUGACAUGAUUAAUUAUAACCUUAGAUCAUUUCUGUGUGAGAUUGCAAGGUAUUUACCUCCGGAAAUUAUCCUCAAAUAUAACCUCGUGUAUGAGGAUUGAGCACUAUCUAUUUAGUUUACUAUAGGAUUAUACAAUGCAUUCUUAUUAAAUAAAUACCUGACAUAUUGAGUUGUUGUUAUUUCAUUGAAGAACAUCAACG